AUGCUCAGCCCGGCGAUGCUCAAGUCGAUGGGGAGACGGACCUCCCGAGAAGUCAAUCUACCCCUUGACAAAAUCAGACAAGAUUCCAAAGGAAACCUACUACCCUUGAUCGAAGAUGAGGAAGUUAUGCAGUACCAUGGACGGCGAAGAGCCUCGAACCACUCGAUUCUCGACUUUGAUGGCGACACCGCCGUCAUGCUGCGCGGGGUCUUCGAGCAGGAAGUGCUCCCCUCUCGUUCCAACGCCCGUCGAGCUUCCGUAAUGUCGAUGAACCAGAGACAAGAUCGAGAACGUCGAGCCAGCCUUACCGCUAAUGUUAAGACAAAUGAGAAGAAGACAACCCCCGAGCGUAAAUGGAGCCUCAUCCUCAAGCAGCGCCAAGAAGCCGAUGCCCAGCGUGCCAUUAAUAUCCAGCCACACCAAUAUACCGAAGAUCCGACGGUCGCUUGGGAAAUGUUGAAAGCAAAACGGCCGGUGAAGCGAGUAAUUCAGAUGAAGCUCGACACCCCAAUCCGACCCGACCACGUCAGAUUUGUGUGCGUCUCCUGCACGCACGGCCAGCCACUUCCACAUUUGCCAGAUGGCGACGUCUUGAUAGUGGCCGGCGAUUUCACGUCUUGCGGUCUGCCGAAGGAAGUGAAGAAUUUUAAUGCGCAACUAGCUAAUACCCGGCACGCCUACCGUAUCCUGAUCGCUGGAAAUCAUGAGUGCACAUUUGACGAGACGUUUCUGAAGUCACAAAAACGCGAGAUCGGCGAGGCCAAAGAAGAAGCCCUGAAACAAGCCCUCCUCUCCGCCCUCCAUUCCGCAAAAAUGACCACCCCGCGCCCGCUCCUCACCAACGGUCUCUACCUCCAGGACGAGGUCAUCGAGCUGUUCGGCAUUACCAUCUACGGAACACCAUGGCAACCCCGCGUCGACAACUGGGCCUUCAACCUGUCGCGCGGUGUUCCGCUGCUCGAAAAAUGGAAUCAGAUCCCGACUGGGGUUGAUGUCCUCAUCACGCAUACACCACCACUCGGCCACGGUGACCUAAUGGCGAACGGGCAGCGGAUGGGCUGCGUCGAGUUGUUGAACACGGUCGUCAAGCGAGUCAAGCCCAAGUACCACGUCUACGGUCAUAUUCAUGAGGGAUAUGGCUGCAGCUCGGACGGGUACACCAAGUUUAUCAACUGCUGCUCGACGGACCAUAACUUGGACCUGGUGAACAGUCCGGUUAUAUUUGACAUUCCCGUCCACCCAACCACCAAGCAGUACUACCUCAACAACAUCAAGAAGGUCACGAAACGCAUCCAGAAGGAGCAGUUGGAGCGGAAA